GAUGAAAAAGAGGAGGAACGGGGAUUCUGGGAAAGAAGCGCGUGCCCAUGUUCAUGACUGGAGUAGACACCGUGCAUUUCUGCCAGAAAAUGUUUCUCGAACCUCUGUAUACUUUCCUAAAUUAAAAACUUCCUGAGGGCCUCCUUGAAUAUAGGCCAGCUACAAGUGCUUCACAAAAGUAGAGUUAAGAAUUAACCUCUCCCAUUCAGACUAGUACUACUACUACAGAUGCCCGUGUGGAUGCCUGAACAGAGACAGUCAUUUGCUUUUGAUUUGAGCACUUGCCAUUCUUGCUGAAUCAUGCUUUGCCUUUAGCCCUGAAGGCUUGUCUAUACUGCUGGCUAACUUUGAAACACAACCAUCUUGUCUCGUCCUGAAAGAACCAGGAUUGUGCAGUUAUGCCCGCUGCACUGGAUCAGUUCUGUGGCUCACCAUUUUGGAAUGCUUCUUUCCUGGACCGUCCUGACCCGGACCUACCGGUGUGUGUGGAGCGCACGGUGUUGGUUUGGGUGCCUCUGGCUUUCCUGUGGCUCACUGCCCCCUGGCACCUCGCACCCCUCUUCAAACGGAGGGUCUCGAAACUACAUGUCUCCAGGCUCUACAUGAGCAAACAGGUCCUGGCUGGCCUUCUUUUACUGACUGCCAUUGCUGGACUUGCAGUCACUGUAGGAGAGGAUCAUGGGCCAUCAAGUGACAGAAAUGCAAAUGGUGUAAAUCCAGCAGUCCUUUACACAAACCCUGUUCUGUUCACCAUUUCCUGGGUCCUGGUGAUCCUUUGUCAGGAGGGUAUGCGGAGGAAACCGGGAGCUGUAGAUUCAGGGUCGCUCUUUCUCUUCUGGCUGGUGCUGGUCGUGUGCGAGGUCUUCUCCUUCCAGACCCUUCUGCGGGAAGCGCUCAGAACGGGUGAAAUAGAAGACCUUCCACGCUUCUGCCUGUUCUACAUGUCCUUUGGUCUGCAGGUGCUGGCCCUUGCCCUGUCAGCCUUUGCCGAUAUUCCCCCAGAGGCUGUGGACACCGUUAAAAAGAACCCAGAGAUCGGAGCAUCAUUUCUCAGUAGAAUCACAUUCAACUGGUUUAACAGCAUGGUUGUGAAUGGCUACAGGAGGCCACUGGUUCAGGAGGACCUCUGGGACCUGAAGGAGGAGGACAGCUCUGAUAGCAUCUGCCAGGCGUUUGAGAAGCACAUGAAGCGGGAGCUGGCGAAGGCUCGGUCGCGCAUGAAGAGCAGGAUGAGGAAGGCCGGCCAGAGAGCUGAGGCCCAUGGGAACGGGCUGGCCAAGGGGGUCAGCCGGGACGUGCUGGUCAUGGAGGAAACCGGUGAAGAAGGGAAGAAGAAGAAGAAAAAAAAGAAGAAGGAUGGAGAAAAAGAGGCCGAGUACCCCAAGUCCUGGUUGGUGACCACUAUCGCGAAAACCUACAAAUGGAUUCUGAUAGAGUCGGCCAUGUUUAAACUCCUGCAAGACCUGCUGGCUUUCACCAGCCCCCAGUUUCUGAAGUUGCUGGUCUCCUACACUCAGGACACUACCAUCUUCGCCUGGAAGGGAUACAUGUACGCCGUGCUGCUGUUGCUGCUGACCGUGCUGCAGUCGCUGUUCCUGCAGCAGUACUUCCAGCGCUGCUUCGUGCUGGGCACGCACGUGCGCACGGCCCUCAUGGCCGCCGUGUACAAGAAGGCCCUGGUGGUGUCAAACGAUGCUCGGAAGGAGUCCACCGUGGGCGAGACGGUCAACCUCAUGUCGGCCGACGCCCAGCGUUUCAACGACGUGACCAACUUCAUCCACCUGGUGUGGUCGUGCCCGCUGCAGAUAGCGCUGUCCAUCCUGUUCCUGUGGAUGGAGCUGGGCCCCGCCACCCUGGCUGGCCUCGCCGUCAUGGUGCUGAUGGCCCCCAUCAAUGGGCUGCUGGCCACCAAGUCCCGCGGCUUCCAGAUGGAGAACAUGAAGUACAAAGAUAAACGCAUGAAAAUUAUGAACGAGAUACUGAAUGGAAUCAAGACUCUGAAGUUGUAUGCCUGGGAGCCCCCAUAUGAAGCACAGGUGCAGGGGAUCAGAGAAGACGAGCUGGGGGUGAUGAAGAAGUUUGCGUACCUCUCCUCUGUGUCCACCUUCAUAUUCUCCUGCGCCCCCGCUCUGGUGUCUCUGGCCACUUUUGCUGUGUUUGUGUCGGUGAAUUCUGAGAAUGUUCUGGAUGCUGAGAAGGCCUUCACUUCCAUCUCUCUCUUCAACAUCCUGCGCUUCCCCUUGGCCAUGCUGCCCAUGCUCAUCGCUGGGAUGGUGCAGACCAGCGUGUCUAAAAAACGUCUGGAGAAAUUCCUGGGAGGAGAUGACCUGGACCCCAAAACAGUGUCCCACGACUCCAGCUUCAACACAGCUGUGAGUGUGUGCAAUGGCACUUUUGCUUGGGAAAGAGAUGCAGAUCCUGUUUUGAAAGAUGUGUCCCUGGACAUAAAGCCAGGCCGUUUGGUGGCAGUGGUGGGUGCAGUGGGAGCUGGGAAGUCCUCCUUGAUUUCAGCCAUAUUAGGAGAGUUGCACAGCCUCAAGGGAUACAUCAAUAUCAAGGGCUCUGUGGCCUACGUUCCCCAGCAGGCCUGGAUCCAGAAUGCCACACUGAGAGACAACAUCCUGUUUGGAUCAGCGCUGGAGGACAUCCGCUUCCAGAAGGUUCUAGAUGCCUGUGCCCUGGGGCCCGACCUUGAGCUACUCCCUGGAGGGGACCAAACAGAGAUUGGCGAAAAGGGGAUAAAUCUGAGUGGUGGGCAGAAGCAGAGGGUCAGCUUGGCCAGGGCGGUCUACAGCUCAGCGGACAUCUUCCUGCUGGACGACCCCUUGUCAGCUGUGGACUCCCACGUGGGGAAGCACCUGUUCACCAAAGUGGUGGGCCCCAACGGGCUGCUCAAGGACAAGACCCGUAUCCUGGUAACGCACGGAGUCAGCUUCCUGCCGCAGGUGGACGAGAUCGUAGUUCUGGUGGACGGGCAGGUGUCGGAGUCCGGGUCCUACAGCGAACUGAAGGCCAGUGGGGGCGCUUUCUCUGAAUUUCUGCGCACAUAUGCCACGGAGGAGAACAACCAGGCCCACACCCAGCCAGGUUCAGAUGUGACGUCAGCCUCAGACCUGGAGGAGGUGAAUACUGUUCCGGAUACCCAAGAACAACAGCCGGAUUGCUCUCCCGACGACGUGGUCUCCGUGACGCUGAAGAGAGAGAACAGUCUGCGGCACAGCCAGUACAAUGGCAGGUUAAGAAAACACAGCUCAGUGAAGAAGCUCAAAGACUUGCCUCCAGCAAAUAAGGGUCAGCAGUUGAUAGAGAAGGAAGCCAUGGAAACAGGACAGGUGAAGUUCUCGAUGUACCUGCAGUACCUGCGGGCCAUGGGCUGGUGGUACUGCACCAUGGUUUUCGUGGUCUACUUCCUCCAGAACAUUGCUUUCAUCGGCCAGAACCUGUGGCUGAGCGACUGGACCAGGGACUCGGUGGUCUACUAUAAUCAGACUUACUCCGCCUCUGUGAGGGACAUGAGGGUGGGCGUCUUCGGUGCCCUCGGAGUGUCGCAAGGUAUUCUGGUCUUCAUUGGAACGCUGCUCAUGGCGAACGGGGCGAUCUCGGCCUCGCGGGUCCUGCACAGCCGCCUGCUCUCCAACGUCCUCCGCGCGCCCAUGGUCUUCUUUGACACCACGCCCUUGGGCAGGGUGGUCAACCGCUUCGCCAAGGACAUGUUCACUGUAGAUGAGUCCAUCCCCAUGUCCUUCCGCUCCUGGCUGAUGUGCUUGCUGGGGGUGGUCGGCACCCUGUUCGUCAUCUGUCUGGCUACGCCCCUUUUCAUUGUGGUCCUCGUUCCCCUCGCUGUGAUUUACUACUUUGUCCAGAGGUUCUACGUGGCGACCUCGCGGCAGCUCCGCAGGCUGGACUCGGUGUCGCGCUCUCCCAUCUUCUCCCACUUCAGCGAGACCAUCUCGGGCCUGUCGGUCAUCCGAGCCUACGGGCACCAAGACCGCUUCCUCCGCCACAAUGAGACCACCAUCGACCACAAUCUCAAGAGCGUGUACCCCUGGAUCGCCUCGAACAGGUGGCUCGCCAUUCGGUUGGAGUUCCUGGGCAACCUGGUGGUCUUCUUUGCGGCUUUGUUUGCAGUCAUCUCCCGCGAAACCCUGUACAGCGGCCUGGUCGGGAUGUCCAUCUCCUACGCCCUAAAUGUGACACAGACACUCAACUGGCUCGUGAGGAUGACCUCUGAGCUGGAGACCAACAUCGUGGCAGUGGAGAGGGUGAACGAGUACACUGAGAUCGAGAACGAGGCUCCCUGGAUCACAGACGUUAAGCCCCCGAAGGGGUGGCCUGACUCUGGAGCGCUAUGCCUGAAGGACUACAAGGUGCGGUACCGGCCUGAACUGGACCUGGUGCUGCACGGGAUCAGCUGCAACAUCGAAAGCACAGAGAAGAUUGGCAUUGUUGGGAGGACAGGAGCUGGGAAGUCCAGUCUCACUAACUGCCUGUUCCGCAUCAUCGAGGCAGCUGACGGGUACAUCUUUAUCGACGGAGUGGACAUCGCCACCCUGGGGCUGCACGAUCUGAGGAGCCGACUGACUAUCAUCCCUCAGGAUCCGGUCCUAUUCUCAGGAACCCUGAGGAUGAACCUUGACCCCUUCGAGACGUUCAGCGAUGAGGAUGUUUGGAGAGUGCUCGAGCUGUCUCAUUUGAAGACAUAUGUGGGGGGGUUAAAAGAAGGACUAAACCAUGAAGUCACCGAAGGGGGCGGGAACCUCAGCGUGGGCCAGAGGCAGCUCCUGUGCCUGGCCAGGGCUCUGCUGCGUAAGUCGCGCAUCCUCAUUCUGGACGAGGCCACGGCCGCUGUGGACCUGGAGACGGAUUGUCUGAUCCAGGCCACCAUACGCCAGGAGUUCUCCAGCUGCACGGUCCUCACCAUCGCCCACCGCAUAAACACCAUACUGGACAGCUCCCGGGUGAUGGUCCUGGAUGCUGGGAAGAUUGUGGAGUUUGAUUCUCCCAGUGUCCUGAUGAAGAGACAAGGUCACUUUUACGCCAUGGCAAAGGAUGCUGGGAUUACUUCACUAGACAGCACAGCCCUAUGAACACUCAUUAGGGCAGCCCAUGGGUGUAUGGACAGAGUAAUAAUGUAGGAAAUGUAUGUUCCCCGGAACUACCUUUCCCAGGGUUCCCCUGAGUCACUGAUGAAGGUGUACCAUGACCAUUUUGCUUGAAAAUGCCUAAAAUGUGUUUCCCAAAUUUGAUUGCUGUACUGAACAGCAAAUACAUUUAUUUUUGCUUAAUUAUUGUUUAGGGUAUUUCCAGUAUAAAGGCUGUUUUUGUCAGUAAUAUGUGUUAUGCUUAUAAACAUGAUCUUUGGAUACCUUUUUAUAAUAAAUGUUUUUAUAAUAAAUGUUUACCCAAAUGAAAUUAACAUUAUCCUUUCAAUACAAAUGAAAUAUUAUUACUAUUAGUAAUAGUAUUAUUACUAUACUAUUACUAUUGUAAAAAAUAUUAUUACUUUCUGUAUUGGUUUGCUUUCUUUGUGCAAAAACGUCAAGAUGCUUAAUAAAGACAUUAUGGGUGUUUUUAUGUA